AUGAAUAAGACUUCUCAUAUGGAUUAGAUUAUUACUAAAAUACAUAGAUAAUCCUAGAAGAACUUUCAUCGUUCUAGUCCUAAUCUUUCAAUGACUAAAACCAAUAACUAUCAUUAUUCUCAAUUACAUUAACGAUUACUCAAUUCUGUAUGUUAAGGAUUAUACUCACCUAAUCAUAAUAGUGCAAUUUCUAAUAUCAAAGAAAAAAUAGCCAAAAGAAUUAGAUAAUAUAACACAUGUGAAGAUGCUUCCAGCUUCUAAGAAUUCAAAAAUAUGUAUAAAUAUUACUAAUCAAAGUAAAGUACUUGAGUCUAGUUUAGCAAAUGAAUGUGCCAAUUUCAACUAAUACACUUUCUCUUCAUAUCUACAAAUUCUUGAUAGAAUGGAACAACGUGAACAACCUUUAAAAAUAGUUCUCUUUUCUGAAUUGAAAAAAAGUUUUUUACUGUUGGCAAACAAAAUUCAAUCUGAUAUUGAUAGUCUAUCCUAACAUGUUUUAAAUCUCAUUUAAGAGUUAGAAACAAAAAAUUAAGAACUUUAAAAAUAAAAAAUUUCGAUUCCCUUAUAAUAAUAAAGAACUCGAAGCGAAGACUUUUAACACAUUUUAAAUACUCUCAGAUUAAAAAAAAAAGAUUAAUAUAAAAUUAUUGGAUUUUAAAAACAAACUUAAUAUUAAGACAAUGUAGAGACUUGUAAAAUAAAACAUGAUUUGAAUGAAGCUGUAGAUGAAGAAUAAAUCAAGUAUAGUUCAGAAGAAGACUCUUUUCCUUUUGGUAAAUAUUUUAAUAUACAUUUCUAUCUCAGUUGAUCCUUCAACGUUAAACUAACCAAUUUUAAAAAAAGGGCUCUCACUCAAUCUUAAACCCAUUAAAAACAAAGUCCUUAAAGGUUAUCAAGAUGAAUUUAUGGCAUAAAUGAAUGAAUUCAGUGAAAGUUGGCGUCAACAAGCUUUAAUAGAAAAAAGAUUUUGA